AUGGAGCAGCGGGCGGCCGCGGGGCCGGAGGGGGCGCCGGGCGCCCGGGCGCAGCUGGCCGUCGUCUGCUUGGUGAACAUCGUUCUCACUGGCCGGUUCAGCAGCGCAGUUCCUGCUUUAGGUGAGGCCAGCACUUCUCCGCCUCCUCUCCUGACAGCUGCUUGCAGUGGGAAACUGGAGCAGCACACGGAACGGCGUGGCGUCAUCUAUAGUCCGGCCUGGCCCCUCAACUACCCGCCGGGCACCAACUGCAGCUGGUACAUCCAGGGCGACCAUGGGGACAUGAUCACCAUCAGCUUCCGCAACUUUGAUGUGGAGGAGUCCCAUCAGUGCUCCCUGGACUGGCUCAUGCUGGGCCCGGCAGCCCCGCCUCACCAGGAGGCCUUCCGGCUCUGCGGCUCUGCCAUCCCACCUGCGUUCAUCUCUGCCCGGGACCACGUCUGGAUCUUCUUCCACUCCGAUGCCUCCAGCUCCGGCCAGGCCCAGGGCUUCCGUCUCUCAUACAUCCGAGGGAAGCUGGGCCAGGUGUCCUGCCAGGCAGAUGAGUUCCGCUGUGACAACGGCAAGUGCCUGCCGGGCCCGUGGCAGUGCAACGCAGUGGAUGAGUGUGGCGAUGGCUCUGACGAGGGCAACUGCUCAGCACCUGCCUCUGAGCCACCUGGCAGCCUGUGCCCUGGGGGCACCUUCCCCUGCAGCGGAGCGCGCUCCACGCGCUGCCUGCCCGUAGAGCGGCGCUGUGACGGCACGCAGGACUGUGGCGAUGGCUCCGAUGAGGCUGGCUGCCCUGACCUGGCAUGUGGCCGGCGGCUGGGCAGCUUCUAUGGCUCCUUUGCCUCCCCAGACCUGUUUGGUGCAGCCCGAGGACCCUCGGACCUUCACUGCACGUGGCUGGUGGACACGCAAGACCCACGACGUGUGCUGCUGCAGCUGGAGCUGCGGCUGGGUUAUGAUGACUAUGUGCAGGUGUAUGAGGGGCUGGGUGAGCGUGGGGACCGCCUGCUGCAGACGCUGUCCUAUCGCAGCAACCACCGGCCUGUGAGCCUUGAGGCUGCCCAGGGCCGCCUCACUGUGGCCUACCAUGCUCGCGCCCGCAGCGCUGGCCAUGGCUUCAACGCCACCUACCAGGUGAAGGGCUACUGCCUCCCAUGGGAACAGCCGUGUGGGAGCAGCAUUGAGGGUGACACGCGUGACACAGGCGAGCAGGGCUGCUACUCGGAGCCACAGCGCUGUGAUGGCUUGUGGCACUGUGCCAGCGGCCGAGAUGAGCAGGGCUGCCCCGCCUGCCCGCCCAACCAGUACCCCUGCGAGGGGGGCAGCGGCCUGUGCUACACGUCUGCCGACCGCUGCAACAACCAGAAAAGCUGCCCUGAUGGCGCCGAUGAGAAAAACUGUUUCUCCUGCCAGCCUGGCACCUUCCACUGUGGCACCAACCUGUGCAUCUUUGAGACGUGGCGCUGCGAUGGCCAGGAGGACUGCCAGGACGGCAGUGAUGAGCAUGGCUGCCUGGCGGCCGUGCCCCGGAAGGUCAUCACCGCCGCCCUCAUUGGCAGCCUGGUCUGCGGCCUGCUGCUUGUCAUUGCCUUGGGCUGUGCCUUCAAGCUCUACUCCCUGCGCACACAGGAGUACAGGGCCUUUGAGACCCAGAUGACACGCCUGGAGGCUGAGUUUGUGCGGCGGGAGGCACCCCCGUCUUAUGGGCAGCUCAUUGCACAGGGCCUCAUCCCACCUGUGGAGGACUUUCCUGUCUACAGUGCAUCCCAGGCCUCCGUGCUACAGAACCUUCGCACGGCCAUGCGGCGACAGAUGCGCCGGCACGCCUCCCGCCGAGGACCCUCCCGCCGCCGGCUGGGUCGUCUGUGGAAUCGACUCUUUCACCGGCCGCGGGCACCGCGGGGACAGAUCCCAUUGCUGACCGCUGCGCGCACCUCACAGACGGUGCUGGGUGAUGGGCUCCUCCAGCCUGCGCGGGGGGCCGCCCUGGACCCCCCGGAACCCCUUACGGACACAGGCAGCCCUGGGGCAGCUGGUGAUGAGUCUCCCACUGCCCACGGCCAUGCACCAGAGGUGGGACCUUCCGUGCUGCCCCCCUCGGGCCUGCGGGACCCAGAGUACAGGCCAGUGGACAAGGACAGAAAGGCCUGCAGGGACUCUCUGGUGGACAGCCCAGCUCCUGUGGACAUGCCUCGGGAGGCCCAUUCGGCCCAGGACCUUCACCCCCCAGCCCCCACUGCCAGCAGCACCCUAGGCCCCCACCCACCAGAGCCGUUGGGUGUCUGCAGGAGCCCCCCACCCCCCUGCUCCCCAACGUUGGAGGCCAGUGAUGAUGAGGCCCUGCUGGUCUGCUGACCCACUGGAGGCGCUGGUGACUGCCACAGCCCCGCUUUGUA